ACACACCCAGUGCUGGCGGGAGCAACACUGCUAACGAGCUGCGUGAGCUGCAAGCGGAAGAUGUCAAUUGUAAACAAUGCAGUGUUGAUCUUUCUCUCUCUUUUUAUUUAUUGGCAAUAAUGUUUGUCGCGUAGUUUUGUCGUGUCGCUUGCAGUGUGGAUGGGGUGUCGUGAUACAAAAUAUCUGCAUGCCGCAUGUCCACGGUUUUGUGAGGGUUUGCAGUGAACAGGUUUUGCUCCCAGACCGAGCAGACGACAUGAAGCGCGGUCAUUUGCUCGACAGACACGUGCGUUGACUCGAUGAGCUGAAUGCAAAAUGCAUUUGACGGUCAGUUUGACUUUGCAGAGCAGUGUUCAUCUGAACAUACAUAAACGUAUUUUUCCAUUUUGGACAGUGGCUGGAUGAGGAAUUGGCAGGCUUGUUCUUUCAUAUCCAUUUGUAAAUGAAGACCUUAACAACAAAUAUUUGAUGCUGUAAAAGUAACACCCGCCAGCAGCCUGCACCCCUCCCUCCGACUGCUCCCACCACAGCUGCUGGAGCUGAAUUUUUUUUUGGCAGGGUUAUGGUUAUCUGCAAAGCACUAAUUAUCCACAGUUAGCCCACUGGUUGCUUGUCCCCUUAUGUCAUAUUUCCAAUUUACAGUUACAGGUUUUAUUCGACCACCCAGUGUGAAAUAUUUCAUUAUUAAUUGAACAAUACUAUUGGAUAGGAACAUGAGAUCUUUUCUACAGAUUAAUCUAAUCCACAUAAUAGCAUUUGCUCUUAAAUAACUGUAUUUUCAAGCAUGUUUCUUUGAUUUAUCAAAGGUUUUUGCUGGGCCAUGUCUUCCACAAGUACCAUAAUCAGAAAACAGUCACAGAAUCAGCUUGCGGCCAAACCCUUGACUGCCAUGUAACGAGGCGUGAUUGCUGAAAUCAUCAGGGUGUAUUUAUGAAAAGAAAAUCUGCAACCUGGUUUUAAACCAUACUAUUUUAUUGCUGGUGGCUGGAUUGCAUAGUGUGCAACAAUUCAGCCGUGAAUUCACGUCAUCACUGGUUCGCGGUGAUCCAUUAUAUCAUAAUGUUCAGGACAAGGAUUACAUUUCUGUGUUUAAUGCAUUAUGAAGACGUCAUUUUGCAAUCAAAAUUAUAACCUCGGGAAACAAUAAAGAUAUGAGGGAAAUUUCCUAGAACAGUGCUGAACAUAUAAUCAGUUAAACACAAACUGUUGUGCUGUAGUUUGUCACCGAGACUUACUAACGUCCACUGGCCACUGAGGUCAUAAGCAGGAUAAAACAUAUCUCCACUGAUAGAGCAAACAUGCAAAUUUUCUUGCUUGAAAACAUUGUUUUGGCUGGAAAGACUAUCGAGACUAACUCCCUGUUUUAUUGUUUCACAGUUUAACUCUCAAUUUUGCAUCAUAAUCAAUAAAAUAAAGCAAUAUUCCGGGCUCAAUACAAUAGCAACAAAAAUGCUCAAUUAACAGCAUUUAUGGUUAAAUUAUGAAAAAAUUAAUUUAGACUUGUCCAUCAUUUGUUGUUAAAAAAAAUCCAGGGUUAAUAUGAGGCAUUUAUAAUGGAAGUGAAUGGGGCCAAUUUAUGAAAGACUUAAAAGCAGAAAUGUGAAGCCUGUAAUUUUAUAAAUGACUCUACAGUAAUUCUUCUGUUAAAACUUGUGUAUUUAAGCUUUAAAGCUGUUUAAAUUAGUCUUACAGUCAUUUUAGAGUUUGUUGUUUUGUUGCCAUAUUAAAACCAUGUUAAUGUGCAUAUUUUUAAGUCUUGUGCCUUUACAAUUGAAACAGUAUUUUAACAUUUAAAUAUUGGCUGAAUUCACUUGCCAAACGUAGUAAUAGGAUGUGUGUAUCUUAAGCCUUUUUCAAAUGAUUUCUGGAGUUUAUGCCAUAGAGCCAUAUUGUUGAGUGACAUCCCUUAGGUCACAUGUUUGUCGGAGGGCUAAAGGAGGAAACUUAAUCGAGGAGGGAGGGACAGCUGUCAGUGGGUGCCUCAAGGUUGGAAGUGAACAGCAUGUGUGUGUGACAGAGAGAGAGAGAGAGAGAGGUUAGGAUAAAAGUGUAGUGCGUUUCAACUUUCAGAACAGCUUUUCUGUUCUCCAAUCACUGCCUUUUUUCGCCUCCUGUCCCUCCUCCCUGUCUUUCUCUUUCUGCCUUUCGGUGGCUGUUUGGCUUCAUUGGGUCUUUGCCAUCGCACUACAAUGACUGCUGUAGCUGUAGUCUCCCUGCAGUGAGCAUUCUGAGGUUAUGCUGCCCGAAAGUUCCCAGUUGAGUCUGAGUGAAAGAGAAAAGGGCUAAAGCCAGCGCACUUUACAGCACCACCCACAAAUCUGACCGUAAGCAAUGAGUGACCCUCAGGAUGCCAGUGACGUCACUUCUGCCGCAGGCUUGACGAGACAUUUGCCUCUUGUAGUGCAUUCUCCGCCCCAGCGAUGUGAGGAUGAUGAUGAAGGGGACUUAAACAAGACACUGGGAGUGCAGCGCUUCCAGCAGAUCCUUACACCUGCCCAGCGCGUGCCCAUCGAACAACACCGCACCUUUAAUGAGGAGGACUUUGAAUAUCACCGUCACACCUCUCUACACAUUCACCACCCUCUGUCUAAACACCUCCCAGAAGUCCGGAGGAAAAAGCCAGGAAGAAAGCGGAAAGACUCAGGACGGAGGAGGAGUUCAUCUAUGGGAGCAGCUCCCCCGAUAGAUGAGGACGACGAGGAUGAAGAGGUGGAUGAAGAUUCCUGUAGCCAGCUGGAUAAAGAGGGCAAUGUCACCACCACACCUACACCGGACACGGACACAGAGGUGGCACAGUUUUUUGUAUCAGAAGAUGAUCCUGACUCCACUAUAACGAAGAAUGGUAAAGUCUCAUCACAUCGAAAGCUGCCAAUCAUGCCCCAUUCAAUGCUUCACACCAGUAUCAGCAUCCCAGAAGAUGUUACAGCAACCUCGGGCAGAAAUUGGGUUCGUAAUCUGCCCAAUGGCAGACGAGUUUCUGCACCAUGUUUGUUUCCAAGUUUGAGUUCUCCAGACGGCAGCUUUAAGCCCAGCCGCAGCUAUGAUCUGCAGGAGCGCCGCCGCACAGGCAACAUGACGGGCACCGCACUAGAACACUAUCAAUACAUGCCCACUGACGAGAGCGAGGCGCAGAUGCUCGCCACGGUGGACCUGGAUGGCAUUAAAAGUCACAGGUUUGAAGAUGUCCCUGGUGUGCGGCGGCACCUGGUUAAGAAGAGCGCUAAAGGUCAGGUGGUUCACAUCGGCAAGGACCACAAAGAGCCCAGCAGUCGUAUCCGGACCAAGUUGGAUCGAACCCCACAUGAGGUGUUUGUUGAGCUGAAUGAGUUACUGAUGGAUAAGAACCAGGAGAUGCACUGGAAGGAAACCGCUCGCUGGAUAAAGUUUGAGGAGGAUGUGGAGGAGGAGACAGAGCGCUGGGGCAAACCUCAUGUAGCUUCACUCUCAUUCCGUAGCCUGCUGGAACUCCGCAAGACCAUUUCACAUGGUGCGGUGUUGUUGGACCUGGACCAGAAGACACUGCCUGGUAUUGCUCAUCAGGUUGUAGAGCAGAUGAUUAUCUCAGAUCAGAUCAGAGCUCAGGACAGAGCCAAUGUGCUCCGAGCCCUGCUCCUCAAACACAGUCAUCCAAGUGACGGCAAGGAGCACAGUUUGUUUAACCGGAACAUCUCGGCAACCAGCCUUGGCUCUCUCAUAUCUCAUUACCAUAGCAGUAACCACAUCGCCGCACCGGAGCCCCCUACCACAGACCCACUCAUUGGAGGACUACGCAACUUUGAGUCACGCAGUAGUGUAGACUUAGAUAAGAAUGAGAAAGACACACCCCAGUUUUUUGGUUUGCACAAGACCAAAUCUAAACAUGAGCUGAAGUUGCUUGAGAAGAUUCCAGAGGAUGCAGAAGCAACGGUUGUCCUUGUGGGUAGUGUGGAUUUCCUGGACCAGCCCACCAUGGCCUUUGUGAGACUGCAGGAAGCAGUUCUGUUAGAGUCGGUUCUAGAAGUGCCUAUUCCAGUGCGGUUUCUUUUCGUGCUGCUCGGCCCACCCAGUGCCAACAUUGACUACCACCAAAUCGGCCGCUCCAUAUCAACACUUAUGUCUGAUAAACACUUCCAUGAAGCGGCGUAUUUAGCAGAUGAGCGGCAGGACCUGCUGACAGCCAUCAACAGCUUUCUGGACUGCAGUAUUGUGCUUCCUCCAUCUGACGUUGGAGGAGAUGAGCUGCUGCAUUCUAUCGUUCGCUUCCAGAGAGAGAUGCUGCACAAGAGACAUGAGCAAGAGGUCAAACUACAGGCCAAGGAAGCCAAGAGCCCCGAGGACAUGGCUCUUCGUCCUCCUCUGAAACCUGAAGACGAUCCUCUCCGGAGGACGGGUAGGCUGUUUGGCGGGGUUAUCCGAGAUGCACAGCGCCGCUACCCCAAAUACAUCAGUGAUUUUAAGGAUGCCCUAAGUCCUCAAUGCAUGGCCUCUGUCAUAUUUAUUUACUUUGCUGCCCUUUCUCCUGCCAUUACCUUUGGAGGACUAUUGGGUGAAAAGACAGAAGGUUUGAUAGGUGUGUCAGAGCUGAUUAUUGCCACUGCCAUGCAGGGAAUGUUGUUCUGCCUGCUUGGGGCUCAGCCUCUGCUGGUGGUGGGCUUCUCUGGACCCCUGCUAGUGUUUGAAGAGUCCUUCUAUUCAUUUUGCAGGUCCAGUGAAAUCGAGUAUCUGACAGGACGUGCGUGGAUUGGAAUCUGGUUGGUCAUCAUUGUUGUUCUCACGGUGGCCUUUGAAGGGAGCUUUCUUGUGCGAUUUGUGUCACGCUUCACCCAAGAGAUCUUCUCCUUCCUCAUCUCUCUCAUCUUCAUCUACGAGACCUUCUUCAAGCUGGGCAAAAUCUUCAUGGAUCAUCCUCUCGGAAGCUGCUAUGGACGAGAAGAAAAUGACACUGCUUUACCAACACCCACAAGUGACGGCAGGUCUCCAGAUGCCUCGCAAACCCUAAACCAGCCAAACACAGCUCUCCUUUCGCUGUUGCUCACGGCCGGCACCUUCUUCAUUGCCUUCUAUCUGCGUAAAUUCAAGAACAGUGCUUUUUUCCCUGGCAGGCUCCGAAGGGCUAUUGGAGAUUUUGGAGUACCUAUCGCAAUCUCCACCAUGGUUCUGUUGGACUACAGCAUUAAGGACACUUACACACAGAAACUAAGUGUGCCUGAUGGCUUCUCUGUGACCAGCCCAGAUAAGCGUGGUUGGUUAAUACACCCACUGGGCUCUGAUGGCCAGUUCCCCAUUUGGAUGAUGGUUGCCAGCAUUCUACCUGCCCUGCUCGUCUACAUCCUCAUUUUCAUGGAGACUCAGAUCACCACUCUUAUUGUCAGCAAGAAGGACAGGAUGCUGGUUAAGGGUUCAGGCUUUCACUUGGACCUGCUGAUCAUCGUGGUUGCGGGUGGUGUUUCAGCGCUGUUUGGGCUACCAUGGUUGACCGGUGCUACUGUUCGUUCGGUAACUCAUGCAAAUAGCCUUACGGUGAUGAGCAAAGCUGUUGCGCCUGGUGACAAACCACGCAUUCAGGAAGUAAAAGAGCAGAGAGUAACAGGAUUUCUGGUGGCUUUUCUAGUAGGUCUCUCUAUUGUGAUUGGAGAUGUUUUGCGGCAGGUUCCUAUAGCUGUGUUAUUUGGUAUAUUCCUCUAUAUGGGAGUGAUGUCUCUCAAUGGGAUCCAGCUAACAGAACGCAUGAUGCUGCUAUUAAUGCCACCGAAGUACCAUCCUGACCACACCUAUGUCCGCAAGGUGCGUACUCUACGCAUGCAUCUGUUCACAUGUUUGCAGCUGGUGUGCCUGGCUGUGCUGUGGGUUGUAAUGUCAACCUCGGCCUCCUUAGCCUUCCCGUUUGUUCUUGUCCUCACCGUGCCAUUCAGAAGGUUCCUGCUGUCCCGAAUAUUUACUCACCGUGAGAUACAGUGUCUUGACGCAGAUGAUGCAGAGCCUUCAAUUGAUGACAGAGAAAGCCAAGAUGAAUACACAGAAAUACAAAUGCCAGUAUGACCUCACUCCUCUCCUGUCACUACCUGGGCUUGCCUGACUUUUUUGUUUUAGUCAGAGGCGUCCAGAUGUACUGCCUGUCUUUUUUUUUUUUUUUCAUUAACCAGUUUUUGUCUCCAUUUCGUUUCCCCCAUUUUGUUUUUGCUUAAAUGAUGUAAACAUUAUAUUUAUACAUAUAUAAAAGUGUUAAGUAGUUGCUCGGUGUCACUUGAGCAACUGUGUAUCUGUUGCUUGAGGAAAGCUUUGUCACCUGUACUAUUAAUGUUUUUUCUGUGUAUUUUUCAGAGUUGAAAAUGUUAUGCUAUGUGUGUGUUGUGGAGGGUUAAAUGAAUUUAUGAUAUCCAGUCAGCACAAAAUGAUACAGGAAGCACUUUAAGGUAAAUUUAAAAUGAAGCCUUUUCUACUGCUUAUCAGUACAUUUUAUUUUGUUGCAAGGUGACAUACAAUGUACUCCUAAAAAUGAACAACUGUACAGAAUGACAUUAAUGCAAAUCAUAUAUGGUCGAUAUUUUUGUAGCUAAACAAAGUAUACACAGAUUUAUGCUAUAUUAAAAAAAACAUAUAUAAACAUUGCUUAUUAUUAGCAACAAAACACUGGUUUCAGUCACCAGUUUAUUUGGAUGAAGAAAAGAUAUGUUGUUCUGUUUUUGUGUUCCUUUCAACUGUGAAUAUAUUGUCUUUUGAAAAUUGUUGCAUAGCUGUUUUGAAACUAUUUUUCUCACCAAAGCACCAAAGAGGCUUGUGUGUUUCUAUAACGUGAACACCUAAAGAAUCAUCAAAGUAAUCUUAAUAGUUAAAAUAAAGUUACAAAGAGUAAUUUGAUUACGGUGGAUUUCAUUUACCUAGUUUGUCUGAGAGAAAAAUGAAAGAGAGAGAAGUCAUUUUUAAAAUGUUAAAAGGAAAUGUUUUAUGGAGCUCAAAAGGUUCAGUUUUACACUAUUUCUGUUACUAUGAGUAAUGUUAUGAUUAAAAUAUGUACCACACUUGUGAAAUGUUUUGAUCGUUCAAUGCACUACUGUUUAUUUUUAGCUUCAUAGGUGAUUAAUUGUCUUUUGAGGUACAGAACUAGAAUCUAAAUUAAGCAAUAAAUACCAAGCAAGUGUAGAUUUGGUAUAAUGCUGUAAUAAAUUUUUCUUAAAUGUGUCUCAUGUACAUUCCAAUCAAAAAGAUGAUCUUGCAAAUAAUUAUUUUUAUAAAGAAGGGACUACAUCUAAGAUGUUAUUUAAUCUGUUGUGUGUGCUUAAUGUCAAAAUGUGUUUUCCCCUUCAAAAACUGACGAGUUCAUUUUACUGUUUUCAUUACAAUCUCUCAUCAUAUAGUAGUGCUUUUUUUUUCAUUUGAUAGUCAUUUCAGAUAUAAUGUUGCUUUCACAAAGUUGAAAAAAGUGACCUUAGUAAGCAAAGAUAGCAAGUACGAAAGAAAAAGAGCUGUUCAACAACAGAUUUUUGUGAUUAUUAAACAUGAAUGUCAAUGAUGUGGGCAUAUGUCUUUGUUUUAGCUUUGUAAAUGUUUAGAGUACAGGCCCAAACCUAAUAAAAUAAUGAAACUGAUUUUA